GAAGGCGCAAGAGGGUGGAUGGGGCUUGGGGUGGGGUGGGGUGGGGGAGAGGAGAAUCCGGACUUUAUUUAAAAGACCAGCACAAUGGAAACUAGGAAGGAGAUGGUGAUGUUUCUGGAAGGAGGUCAACUUGGCUCCCUGGCAGUAGCCAAGAGGGCACCCAGCUUGGCAGAGGCCGUGGGAAGCCCCGGUCCAGAGCCGCAGGACAAGAUGAUUCAUGGAGGUUGCCACAGCCCUAGGUCUGGACCCUUACCCUCCCGGGAAAGAGGAGGAGGAAGGGUGGAAGAGGAGGAUGAAGAGGAGGAGGAAGAGGAGGAGGAGGAGGUGGAAGUGCUCCCGGCGACAGGGACGGUCCCGGAGAGCCGGUCCGCGGCCGCCGCGCUGCUCUCCGCCGGGCAGCAGCCCCCGCUCAACCGCCUGGCCGCCAAAGGCCAGCAGAGCAGCUCGGACACAGAGUCGGAUUUCUACGAGGAGAUCGAGGUCAGCUGCACCCCGGACUGCGCCACGGGCAACACGGAAUACCACCAGCACGGCAAAGGACACUGCUCGGAGACCUCAGCGGGCAGCCCCAGCAGCGGAGGGGACCCCCCUAAAGGCAGCGGGGGCAGCGGCGGAGGGGGCUCUCAAGGAUCGCUGGCCUGCAGCGCCAGCGAUCAAAUGCGCCGGUACCGCACGGCCUUCACCCGGGAGCAGAUAGCUCGGCUGGAGAAGGAGUUCUACCGGGAGAACUACGUCUCCAGGCCCAGGAGGUGCGAACUGGCGGCCGCCUUAAACCUUCCAGAAACCACCAUCAAGGUGUGGUUCCAGAACAGGCGGAUGAAGGACAAGAGGCAGCGCUUGGCCAUGACUUGGCCCCACCCGGCAGACCCGGCUUUCUACACCUACAUGAUGAGCCACGCAGCGGCCACCGGCAACCUGCCCUACCCGUUCCCGUCACACCUGCCGCUCCCUUACUACUCCCAUAUGGGCCUGGGGGCCACCUCGGCUUCUGCUGCGGCCGCCGCCCCCUUCAGCUCCCCACUGAGACCUCUGGACACCUUCCGGGUCCUCUCUCACCCCUACCCCAGACCAGAACUUCUGUGCGCCUUCAGACACCCUUCCCUCUACGCCGGCCCAACGCACGGACUGAGCGGCGCCGGAGGGAGCCCUUGUUCGUGCCUGGCUUGCCACGGGAGCCAGGCCAACGGGCUGCCUCAAAGGCCUUCGGGUUCGGACUUUAGCUGCUCCGCCACCACCAGGACUGACUCGUUCCUCACCUUCACGCCCUCGGUGCUGAGCAAGGCCUCCUCGGUCUCCUUGGAUCAGCGGGAAGAAGUCCCUUUGACCAGAUAAAAAGCUUCAUCUCAGGUUUCUCUGCUCUCCCCUACCCCACCCGACCUCACCUCACCCCACCCCACCCCUCAACGCUUGUCCAGAGACACCCUCCCUCACCCCAGCCGGUCAAAGAACUUCCAUAGCGUGUUUAUUUAAUUGCGGGCAGUGGACGCCAAUGGAACACUGACAGAGGAAGGGAACGGAACUGUGAAAUAAAAUGCUAACAAAAACGAAACACAAAUGGAAGGAUUUCUGUUUCGUUCUUCUCUGUGGAAAAAAGUACCAGAGUUGCAACUGUUUGGUGGGCGGGCGGGGGACGACUUUGCCAAGUGACGCGUCUACGAAGGCGGAAGGAUGUAGAAGAUGU